AUGGACACUAUCAUGCCAUCGGAGGAUGCCUUCACAAAUGCAAAGUCUAAAAAAUUGUUCAGUCCUUGCCUAUAUUCCACACUAUUCCGUGACUUUGAAAUUCAGAUAGUAAUUUUGUUUUCCAUACACUUCUUAGAGGAUGGCGUGAGAAAAGCUUCUAGGCUGAGCGUGAAGGAGGUUAUAGCGCUCCCUUCCAAUACAAAGAUAGUACACCCAUUUAACAAAGAGCUGCAACCAAUUGGUCAAGCAGUUGGAUUAUUCAGUGGUUUCUUAGGGAGUUUAGGUGCGGAUUAUUCCCAGUUUCCCAUAUAUGCAGACAGUUGGAAGCAUGUGAACAAAGCUAAGAAGGAACAUGCAUACGACAUGAUUAAGCGGAUCUUUCACUAUGAGGACGAUGCCGGAGGAAAAAUAAAGCGCGAAAUUAUGAAGAGGAUAGGAAAGAACUGGAAGGGUACAAGGCACAACUUGUAUCAUAAGUGUUACAAAGAAAUAAGGACUUAUGAGGAAAAUCUUGAGCAUCACCCAAAAGGAAUAAAAGAAAAUGAAUGGAAAAAUUUCCUUGACUAUCGUCAGAAGGAAGAAACAAAGAAAAAGUGUAAACAGAACACUUUAAAUCGGAGCAAGCAACUUUAUACAUAUACUGGGGGCUCCAAAACAUUAGCAAGAAAAAAAGACAAAGUGGAUAAAGAGCAAGGAAGGCCCGUUGGUAGAAGAGAGUUGUUUAUCAUGACUCAUAAGAAAAAAAUAGCUCGUAUAUCCAUUCCGAUGCGUGAAGCAAUUGCGAAUGUUGAGAGGCAGGAUGAAUCCUCUAAGCACCUUUCACAAAAUGAUUCGUUAGCACAAGUUCUCGGAAAGGAGCACCCAGGACGAGUUCGUGCCCUAGGUGCUGAACCAUGUCCCACCCAAGUCUUUGAUAACGCUGCUAGACAAUCGUCGGGUUCUACAGAGCCCAAUGAAGAGUACGAGAGAAGGAUUGCAGAAUUGAUAGCUAAGCUAGAAAGAGAGCAAGCGAAGAGACAGUCGAUACAUAAGGUCUUGGGAUAUCUAGUCCAACAGCAAGGAGGCAAUUUGCUAGCUGAGGUUGCUGUAGAGCUGGCUUUUUUGGACAGUACACCAAACUCAUCACGCGCAAGGCCAUCUUCAUUUGGCAAUCAUGACCUGCAACAAAAAUUUUGA